ACUAAGUUGGGUGAGUCACGUGGAUUUGCUUCCACCUUUUGACCCUUCCACACCCCUCUCUUACCAGUUUCCGCCACCCCCCAAGUCUUAACCUACGCUCCCUGCAUUUUAGCACUUUUCCUUUCUCACUGUUACUUAACCUACACCCUAAUCGUGUACUUUAGCAAUACCCCACCCCCUCCAUUUUGCAUAUUCUCUUUAGUGAUUAUCUUUCUAUUUCAAAACCAAGAAAGGAAAAAAGAACAAAAAAGCACUCUACAAAACAAAACAAAAAAAAAACUAGGGUUUUUUCUUCAUUUCACAGAGUAUCAGACUUUGUUGCUCACUCACUUUCGAUUCGAGGUGGGCGUUUCAAAUGCCUUCAGAAUUUGUGCCAAAUUGCUGCGCCGGAACCUUAGGGAGUGCCAAAGUAUUAUGCCUUUUGGGCGAUUUUGGCGUGCCUUUGAGUUUGGGAUAAUUGUUUUAUAUAUACUCUGAUGGCGCCCAGCCGAAGGAAAAGCGCCAGUAAGGCGGCUGCUGCGGCUGCCGCUCGCCGCCAAUGGAAAGUCGGCGAUCUUGUCCUCGCUAAAGUCAAAGGUUUCCCUGCUUGGCCUGCUACGGUAAGUGAGCCUGAGAAGUGGGGCUAUUCAUCUGAUUGGAAGAAAGUUAUGGUUUACUUUUUUGGAACACAGCAAAUAGCAUUCUGUAAUCCUGCUGAUGUUGAAGCAUUUACAGAAGAGAAGAAACAAUCUCUUUUGACCAAACGUCAGGGGAAGGGUGCAGAUUUUGUUCGUGCAGUCCAGGAAAUUAUUGACAGUUAUGAGAAGUCAAAGAAGCGGGAUCAAGUUGAUAACUAUAAUUCUGCUGAUGGAGUUACUCAGGCAAAUUGUGGGAACUCAGGGGACUCAUCUGUGUCAAAGGAUCUGACUGACACUUGUGAGGCAACCGAGAUUGCUCUAGCUGAUGCAAGAAUUGAUGCUCUGCAUGAAAAAGAAUCAGUCUCGGAACAACCUUUAGAUACAUUACUGGUUAAAGAAGAACCUAUUUUGACCACAUACUCGUCAAGAAAAAGAUCUGGAAUCGUACAAUGUCAAAAAUCUAUUGGACAGCAGAAGGCAUCACCGGUUCAAAGAGGUAGAAGCUCAACAAGGGUGGAAUCCUCUAGAUUCCAGAACUUUAUGAUGUCAUCUAAUGAUGGUAGGUGUGUCUCUAAUGUAUCAGCAAAUGUGAUUCAGAAUGGAUCCCAAAGGAGGAAAAAACAAAUCAGGAAGUCUACAGAUGCAUCUGAGUGCGAUGAUGUGGACUUACCUGUGUUAAUGCUGAAUGGUAGAAUUGAUGAAAAUGGGUCUGAUAUUGCCACUUUUGAUUCUGAUGCGGGUAGUUUUAAUGAUGGCAGCUCUAUGGAUUGUAGUUGUAAACCUGAACACCCUGGGACUGUUGUUGAGUGUUUGGAGGGAGAUGCUGAGUUGAGCAACGGGCUUGAUUUCCAAAUAAAGGCUCUCGUCAUUAAGAGAAAAAGGAAACCAUUUAGAAAGCUGGUGAACAUUGAUCCUGCUGAGCCUCUUGCAGAAGCAGAUCUGAGUUUAGGAAUCAGUAAUACGAGACAAAAUUUGCAGAAUACUUGUGAUAAUUUAAAUGAGAGAUAUUCCAAAGAUGAUGGAGAUGAGCACCUACCGUUGUUGAAAAGAGCAAGGGUUCGCAUGGGCAAACUGUUAGCUGCCGAUGAGUUUGUUAGUUCGUCACCAAUGGAAGAAAAGCCUAUUAGUGAAGGCACUGUCAAUUUAUUGCAUUUGCAGCAGAUGAGUCCAUCAAGCAGUGACAAUGAUUCUCCUACUGAGAGAGACUCUUUGUCGUUGAAGGGUGCUUUGAUUAAUGUAUCACCUUCAAAAGGUGACAGUGAAGUUCAAGGGAGUAGGCUGGAAUCCAUGAAAGUUUUAAGAAAUCAGUUAGGGUGUUUGGCAGGCGGUGAAGCUGCCUUGCCUCCAUCUAAACGCCUCCAUCGUGCUUUGGAAGCUAUGUCAGCUAAUGCUGCUGAUGAAGAUCAGGCAAUUGCUGAACUUUCUGCAACCAUGAAAACAUUAGAUGAUGAAAGUCACGACUCUCUGUUGAGUUCUCAUGUAACUGUUGAAGACAAAGAAGCUAAUGUGUUGGAGGAACAUGGCAGGGAUUUGAUUGCUAAUAGUGAUUCUGGCAUGUUUUUCGUAUCAAACUCGAUGCCUUCAGAUAAGUUUGUUGAAUCUUCUGUGGAACCACUUGUUUGCUGUCAACCUGUGAAGAGUCCUAAGAAUCAAAAGCAUGUACUAGAUGAGGAUGUCUUUGUGGAGCCUAUGAACCAUGUUAGUUGUAAUACUCAUAACAGCCAAUGUUUAGACCAUUCAUCCCCUAAUCCUGAGAAAAGCCAAGCUACUUUCAGAUCUAAUUGUGGUUCUUUAUAUCAAAAGUUCACUUCAAAUGAUGAUUUGGAUGCUGAACCUGCUGGCUUGAGCAAUUUCGGGGCUGAAAAUCCUGAUGAACAGUUUAAUACUUCAGAACAUGCUGACAUGAGUUCUGAUCCUGUCACUGUGACUGGGAAAACUUGUAAAGUUUCUCCUCAAGAUGGCUCCAAAAGUGAGCCACUGAAGUCUCAAAUUAAUGACAGCAGCUUAGUCAACAGCAUGCAUGAGGUUGAGGAAGAGUUUCAACCUGAAAUGAGGCAGAAGACAACUUCUAGUUUGAAUCUUGAUGACAACUCAGACAAGGAUGUUGCGGGUGCCCAGUUAAGUCCAUGUUCAGCUGAUGGAGUAGAUUCUCCUGCGCGGGUCUCUCCUUCAAAUGCCUCUCUUUGUCAUGUUUCUACCUCAGAUAGUGCUAGUAUUGUUCAUAGCAAUGGGUAUUGUAGUCCAAAUGUCCAUUUGUGUCCCAACAAAGUUUUAUCUGUUUCAAAUGCUGACGAUGAAGCCAAAGCUGAUUCUGUGACCUUUGAAAGACCAAAAUCUGUCAGUAAGUGCAGUACUUACACUGAUGCACAAGCUGUUCUGUCGUCUUUUGAAAAUAUGCUUGUGAUCUUAACGAGGACAAAGGAGAGCAUUGCUCGUGCAACACGAAUAGCAAUUGAUUGUGCCAAAUUUGGUGUCUCUGCUAAUAAGGUUGUGGAAAUUAUUGCUCGAAAUUUGGAGAGGGAGUCGAGCUUACACAAAAGGGUGGAUUUGUUCUUUCUUGUGGACUCCAUUACUCAGUGCUCCCGGGGUUUGAAAGGUGAUGUUGGUGAUAUCUACCCUUCAGCUAUUCAAGCAGCACUUCCUCGUCUACUCAACGCUGCAGCUCCCCCUGGACCUAAUGCACAGGAAAAUCAUCGGCAAUGCUUGAAGGUUUUGAGACUUUGGUUGGAAAGAAGAAUCCUUCCAGAAUCUGUUGUUCGGCACCAUAUACGAGAACUUGAUUCACUUAGUGUUUCAUCUUCUGGUGGUGUCUUUUCUCGUCGUUCAGCUAGAACAGAGAGAGCUUUGGAUGAUCCUAUUAGAGACAUGGAGGGUAUGCUUGUUGAUGAGUAUGGCAGCAAUUCAAGUUUUCAGCUCCCCGGAUUUUGCAUGCCUCGAAUGCUCAAUGAGGAGGAUGAGGGUAGUGAUUCUGAUGGAGAAAGUUUUGAGGCUGUCACUCCAGAGCACUAUUCUGGAGGUCCUGAAGAACAAGAGGCAAACCCUGCAAGUGAAAAGCGCAGACAUAUUUUGGAAGAUGUUGAUGGUGAACUUGAAAUGGAGGAUGUUGCUCCUGAGAUUGAAAUGAGUUCAACUAGUUGUGCUGCUGGAAUCAAUACUGCACAAACUUUGCAAGAGCAUUGUGAUCAGCAUUUUCCAUUGCCAUUUGCCCCACCUUUACCUCACGAUGUGCGUCCGUCAUCACCACCACUGCCAUCAUCUCCACCUCCGCCACCCCCUCCACCGCCUCCUCUUCCUCCACCCAUCCCUCGUCCUAUUUCUGGUCCCUACACAAACAAUGUUGAUUCAACAAUUCAUACAAGUAUACAGGAAAGGCAGGAUGAUUUGAGAUCUAUGGUUCCACCGUCAGUUGCACCCAGAAUCGAUUCAACAGUGUGCACCAAUACAGUCCAAUAUAAUGGUCCUGAUCCUAGAAAUCCUCCUGUUAUGCAGGUUUCAGAUUGUAAUACUGCUUUUAACAGUUGCCCAGUGCCUCCAGUGAAUAACAUCCAACAACCUGAUGGCCAGAACUUUCACAAUGCCUACCCUCCACAGCCUCUCCUUCCUGCACCUACAAAUCAGUUUGCAUAUGUUAAUUCAGCCCCGCAUGUGAAUUUGAUGAGGGAUGCACCUCCUCCAUACACUGACAGAUACUCUUCACUAAACUUCGAUGGUGCAAAUUAUUAUCACAGCCAUGAGAGAAUGAACCUGGCCCCAAAUGAACCUAGAGAAAGCUGGAGGUAUCCUCCACCACCUUUCUCUGGACCCUGGUAUGCUGAUAACGCCAAUUCAUCGUAUGGCCAUGGCCAUGGUUCUUAUGGUGGGCCCCAAUGUGAGCCAACAAGGUUUCCAAACGAGGGAUGGGGCUUCCGCCCUCCUCCAAUGGAUCACAGAAACUUCUUUCCUGGCAGACCACCUGCAGAAGGUAUGGUUCCCAUUGGAUCAAGAGGUUCACAUUUCUCCUGUGAGAUUGUGGUUUAAGUUGGACAAAGCUCUCUCUCUCUAUCUAUCUUCUUGCAUUUGGCAGCCAAGAUGACCUAAUAUUAAUCAGUUGCUUUAAUUGGUAUUAAAACCCCCUUUUUCUUUUGGCAUGGGUUCUGCGGCUUGUUGAAAACAGCUGGGAGUUUUUGCAUGCAAUGAACCGAUAAUAGGAUGAGUUGAGCCGAAGAUGAGCGUGUCAGCAUUGCUGAUUCUGGUUUUGUAAAUAUGUAAAAUCUACCACCGGGCAGGACAGUAUGAUUGGGAGAGUUAGGCUAUCAUCGUGUAUCAAAAUUUUAUUUUGUUUUUGUUUCUUUUUGCAUAAUUUAUUCUCGAUCAGCGCCCCAAUUAAAGACCUUUAGCAAUUUUUUAAUCGGGCCAUUCCCUCUUGACCUUUUUUUCCCUAUACUUGGUUGUAACAGUACUAUUUUAUUAAUACAGUGGCAGGCAGGCAGAGUUUCAAUGGAUGAA